AGUAGGAAUGUGCUGAUGCGGGCUCUCUUCGUCUCUGCCACUGGCUGCUUUCACAGCUCUGCUUCUCAGCCGGACAAAGUGAAACAGGCUGUGACCGUUCCCACCAUGUCAUCUCGGGUGCUGUUAAGGCAACAGUUGAUGCGUGAGCAGGCGCAGGAGCAGGAGAGGAAGGAACAGCAGGCAGCCGCACAACUCCAGCAAGAGCGGGCCCCUGCUAACUUCUCCCGUGCAAUUGACGUCAACGGGCCCUUGGGGCUGCCAGCCAAGGCCCAGGUCCCUAUGGAGAUCCUGAAGGUGCAGACCCACCUGGAGAACCCCACCAGGUACCACAUUCAACAAUCCCAGCGCCAGCAGGUCAAGCAGUAUCUAUCCACCACCAUGGGGGCUAAGGCUGCCAGCCCAGUUCUGGCUGGCUCUCACUCCCCUGGACCUGGGGCAGUGGGCAGCACCCCGAACAGCCCCAUGGCCCUGCUCAAAAUCGAUGCCAACCCGGAGAAGGAGAUGGACGAUGUCAUUGACGAGAUCAUCAGCUUGGAAUCGAGUUACAAUGACGACAUGAUGGGAUUGGCCAAACCGGUCCUCCAGAUGCCCAAUACCUUGCCAGUGUCCAGGAACCUGCUGAGCAUCUACACCACUCAAAACAUGACAAAUGCAACAGUUACCAUCAGCAACUCGUGUCCAGCCAACUUACCCAACAGCAAAGAGAGCACAGAUGCCGAUGUCAAAGCUUUAAUUAAAGAGAGGCAGAAGAAAGACAAUCAUAACCUAAUUGAGAGGAGACGAAGAUUCAAUAUCAAUGAUCGGAUCAAAGAGCUUGGUGCUAUGAUCCCAAAAUCCAAUGAUCCGGAGGCUCGCUGGAACAAGGGCACAAUACUCAAGGCAUCUGUGGAUUACAUCCGGAAACUUCAGAAGGAGAGCAACCGUUCGAAAGAACUGGAGAUCCGGCAGAAGAAAUUGGAGCAUGCAAACCGCACCUUGCUGCUACGGAUACAGGAAUUGGAGAUCCAGGCCCGCGUCCAUGGUCUCUCGCUGAGCUCCCCCUCGGGCUUGAACACUGCCCAGCUGGCCGCCCAGGUCAUCAAGCAGGAACCACAGAGCAGCCAGGCCACUGUUGAGCGCCCAGUACUUCCCAGCAUCCCCGAAGCAGCAGGUCCAAGCAUGGACCUGGGCCUGGACUUGGGGCUGGGUAUGACUGACCAGCCGCUUGGCUUCGACUCCCUCGCUGAUUUGCCCUUCCCACUGAAGCUGGACUCUGGCCUGGGUGACAUCCUAAUGGACGACUCGCUGUCCCCGGUUGGAGCCACUGACCCAUUGCUGUCUUCAGUGUCUCCCGGAGCCUCAAAAGGCAGCAGUCGACGCGGUAGCGUCUGUAUGGAGGAAGAGCCGGGCUGUUAGAGAGACCUCCCCCACCAACUCAACAUGGUCAAGUAACAUUUCAAGAAGUCAGCAAUCUUCUAGAAUUUUCCAGACGCAUCAACAACCUCCUAGAAUCUUACAAUUCAACAACCUUCUAGAAAUUUCUGCAUAUGUCGAUCUUAGAGAAAUCUCCAGACAUGUCAACAAUCUUCUAGAAACAUUUAGAUUCUUCAGAAAUCCUUCCAGAAAGCUCUGGACAUGUCAGAAACUUUUUAGGAACUUCUAGGCAUGUCAGAAACAUCCGGCAGCCCUCUGGAAGCUUCCGGAACUGUCAGCAAUCUUCUAGCAGCGUCAGUAAACUUCUGGAAACAUCUGAACGUGUGGGUAACCUUCGAAAAACUUCACGAACCAUCAACUCUGUUCAAAAAAAAACUUUCUCUGUUUUUAUUUUUUUAAAUGUUUAAUUUCUGUUUGUUUUACUUUCAUUUUAGUGAACUCGAAUCUCUGGCAAGACCGGAAUUAUGCCCAAAAUUUAACAAACUGAGGAUCCCUUGUCGAGGAUCCCGUGGGUCUUUUAAAGGGAUAGUGCGCUUCGUGAUUAUUCAUUUAUUAUUUCUUUGGCCAGUGCAGUUCGGGGAAAGGCCGUUGCUACGGCUCAUUUCCGUUUCUUCAGCGGCGCUUUGUUUGUCCUUUCUUGGCCCUCUCUCCACCAGGCACACAACCCACCCCAUUCCUAAACAGAAAGGCCCAAACCGUGUGUCCUUUGCCUGUGCAGUGCUAGCUGUGACCAUUAAUAGGAGCAAGAAAAGGCUCCACCAAUUCUGUUCCACUAAUCGGAAAAAAAAACCAUGACUGAUCUGAUUGAGGCCUCAACGCCACCUUCCGAGAAUCCUUGACUCUUUGUUGGUCAAAAAUCUGUCUAACUCAGCCUUGAAUAUACUCAGUGACCCAGACUUGAGCACUUUGUGGGACAACAUUCGUCUAAGAGAUGAAAUUCCUCUUAGUUUCCAUCUUAAGUGGGAGACCCCUUAUUCUGAAACCAUGCUUCCUUGUUUUAGACUUACCCCACGCAAGAUUGAGGGAGAACAUUGCUGUCGCUCUCACUCUCGCUCUCUCCUCCUCCCCCUUCAGGACCUGAAAUGUUUCAAUGCGGUCACCUCUCAUUCUUCUCAACAGCCCAACCUGCUCACCCUUUUACAAUCAGCCAAAUGAACCUUAUCUGAACUGCAUCCAGUCCAAGUCUAUUCCCCCUUGAGUAAGGUGACCAGAAAUGCCUAUAUAUCCAAGAAUUUGAGGGACUUGCAGGUCAAGAAGUAGGUGGAUGAGAGGGCAACUGGCUGGAAUUUGUAGCUCCGCUUGGGUUAAGCAUCUCUGGGAUAGAGGGGAUGGGGCAACAACGGGAGAGAAAGUCUUCUCUCUUAAACACCAGAGGGUGGCUAAUGAACUGGGCCAGUGGACUGAAGCUAUACCAGCAUGUACAUUGCAGAGAUCAUAUAGUAAUAGCACAACUUCAAUGAGCAAAGUAUCAUUUUCACCAUGCCAGUGUUGCAGUAUGGUCGGUAUUUGUUUAACAGAUCUGUAUAAUAAAAUUUUAUACUCGUA